AGGCCGUCUCUAGCUCUGCCAUCGACUGCCCCGCCGCCAUGGGUUCCGCACCUUCCAAGCCCGCCGCUGUCUCCGAGGCCGCACUCAGCGUCAGCGAGAAACAGGCUCUCGUCAACUCCAUGUCGUCGAUGAGCCUCUCGUCCGAACCGGAAGCGGAACCUUUGUCCGCUGAUGGCUCCCUGUCCCUCUCCAACCUGUCGUCUUGGGAGUCGUCGCUGGCGUCUGACCCCAAGACCCAGCUUGCGCGGACCAUCCUCUCGCACUCCAACAUCAAGGACGCGUUGACCUCGCGGUCUGCCGUUAUCAAGGACGCCCAUGUCUUCAACACCGAGGUUGACUUCAAGACUGAUCCGAUCACGAACCAGAAGAGCAGUGGACGGUGCUGGUUGUUUGCCACUACGAACGUCCUGCGAUACAACAUCAUGAAGAAGCUGAACCUGAAGGACUUCCAGUGCUCUCAGUCGUAUCUCUUCUUCUAUGACAAACUGAACAAGGCAAACUACUAUCUGGAAUUGGCGAUCGAACUCGCAGACCUGCCCCUGGACGACCGUCUAGUCGACAGUCUUUCGCAGGAUCUCAUCGGUGAUGGUGGUCAGUGGGAUAUGGUUGUGAAUAUCCUUGAGAACUACGGCGUCAUUCCGCAAGCGCUCUAUCCCGAGUCCACCCACUCAUCCCUCUCCUCCCCGCUGAACACGCUCCUGAAGACCAAGCUCCGCGAACACGCACUCAUUCUCCGGGACCUCUCGUCCUCCCUCAAGUCUUCGAACUUGUCUGCUGACCAGAUCUCCAAGACCCUGCGCUCGAAGAAGGAAGCGCUCAUGAAGGAGGUGUACGCCGUCAUGACCGCGACGCUCGGCGUGCCCCCGCGGCCCACCGAUACGUUCACGUGGGACUACUACGACAAGGACGGCAAGGCGCAGAGCUGGACAGGCACGCCGCGCGAGUUCUACCGCGCGUUUGCGAGCAAGGCGUACCCGCCCGCGUCCGCGUUCUCGCUCAUCAACGACCCGCGCAACGCGUACGGCAAGCUGUACACGGUCGACAAGCUCGGCAACGUGUGGGGUGGCCGCCCGGUGCUGUACGUGAACACCGAGAUCGAGGACUUGAAGAAGGCCGUGGUGGAUAUGAUCAAGGCGGGCCAGCCUGUGUUCUUUGGGUGUGACGUCGGCCAGUUUUCGAACAGUGUGGGCGGGAUUAUGGAUAUUGAUUUGAUGGAGUACGAGAAUGCGUUCAACAUCAAGUUGGGGCUGACCAAGGCCCAGAGGCUACAGGUCAACGAGUCCGCCAUGACCCACGCUAUGGUGAUCUCGGGAGUUCACCUGGACUCCAACGGGAAGCCCGUCCGGUACAAGGUUGAGAACUCGUGGGGCCCGGAUGUCGGCGACAAGGGCUACUUCGUCAUGACGGACAAGUGGUUCGAGCAGUUCGUGUACCAGGUCGUCGUGCCAAAGGCGCUCGCGCCGAAGGAGCUCGUGAAGGUGUACGAGAGCGGGGACAAGGUCGUCCUGCCGCACUGGGAUCCUAUGGGCGCCUUGGCGUAAUAUGAGCGGGAACGCAUUCAUAUCCUUGUAUAUGUAUGGCUAUACUCACAUAUGGUAAUGGUUCCUUCCCUGGAUUUUAUCCGCC